AUGCCACAAGUCAUCACCGACGUCACUGUCACCAUUAAUGCUCCAAUCGGCCAGGUCUGGGGCGUUGUGGCUUCGUUUGGUGCCGAGUCGCUCUGGUUUCCCGGCGUGACCACCUCAUCUCUUGAAGGAUACGGUCCUGGCUCCAUACGGACCAUUCAUUUUGAAAAGAAUGAUUGGGUGAACAUGGUUCGCGAACAAAUGGAUGUCUGCGAUCCGAUCCAGCAUCUUCUUCGCUUCCGCGUCUUCAACGAGGAUGUCACUGACGCCGGAGACAUUUAUUCCAACAUGGUCUUGGAGGAUAUUGAUGGCAAGUCCACUAAAUUCAGAUGGUUCGCUGAAGGGGAACCGCUGCCUGAUCCGGUACAACACGAAAACAUGCGCCAAUAUGUCGAGGAGAUGUACAGGCGGUGCGCGGAUGCAAUUGAGAAGAAGUUGACGCGCUCAAAGAGCGAGUAG